UCUGGGUUGCCAGCAUGGUGUGAAACCCUCUUAAGGAAGUUUUUAUUUAUUUUGCAUUCUUUCAUUAACAAAAUGCAUCAACGAAUGUAUAUUAUGAAAGUGUGUAUUGAAUGCAAACAUUUGAUUGCCGUGUUGUUUUUAUUUUGCUUAUUUUUGCCCUUCACUUGACUUUUAGAGCUCUGUCAUGUCAUGUUAUUUUGUCCCAAACAGCAUGUUUUCUUCCGCUUGUCCAAAAAACAGGAAGUAGGCCGAGGAGUUUCGUGGACCGCUAGACAGUUCGGUGGCUCAUCUAACUGUCACUUAACGCUCAGGAGGAGUUGAUGGUUCAGUCAUUCAGACCCCGGAGAGGUUGACAGAUAUCAGACAUGAGCGGCACAACAGAAGUCAGCUUUGAUCCAAAAGAGCACCAACACCUGCGUUACAACCCUCUGCGGGACACCUGGGUCCUCGUGUCGGCCCACCGCAUGAAGAGACCCUGGGCAGGUCAGGUGGAGAAAGCCCCCGAGGAACACAUACCCAGACACGACCCCCGCAACCCACUCUGUCCCGGCAACACGCGCGCAAAUGGAGAGGUAAAUCCAGACUAUGACAGCACUUUCCUUUUUGAAAAUGACUUCCCCGCUCUUCAGCCAGAUGCACCAGAUCCUGGUUCAGAUCAACAUCCACUGUUCCAGUCUAAAGCUGCCAGGGGCGUCUGCAAGGUCAUGUGUUUCCAUCCCUGGUCAGACGUCACCCUCCCGCUCAUGAAAAGACAAGAGGUUGUCAAGGUGAUUGACAAGUGGGCAGAGCUUGUUGAAGAACUAGGAAGCACGUACCCCUGGGUUCAGAUCUUUGAGAACAAAGGAGCUAUGAUGGGCUGUUCAAAUCCACAUCCUCACUGUCAGGUGUGGGCCAGCAGCUUCCUUCCUAAUGAGCCGGCUCUGUCAGACCGCUGUCAGAGAGCCUACCACCAGAAACAUGGAGAACCGCUGCUGCUGCAAUACGCCAAACAAGAGGCUGAGAAAAAGGAGCGCGUGGUGGUGGAGACUUCUGAUUGGCUGGCGGUGGUUCCGUAUUGGGCAACGUGGCCCUACCAAACGCUGUUGUUACCACGAAGACAUGUCCUCAGGAUCAAUGACCUCACCACAGAGGAGAGGGAGGGUCUGGCUGACAUCAUGAAGCGACUGCUGACCAAGUAUGACAAUCUGUUUGAGACCUCCUUCCCCUACUCCAUGGGCUGGCACGAACAUCCAGGGGGACGAAAACACAUUUGGAAAAAGAUCUCCGAUGGUGAAAUCCAAAAUUCACAUCUAUUUCUAAAGACCUCACGCCACAACAGUGGAGACGCGAGGAGUAAUCUUCGUUUAACUGUCGGGUUUAAUUGGCUGUGAAGAAGCAGCUUGCACAAAACACACAAAGGCCGUCCGCUUUAUAUUAAAAGAGAGGUGUUUGCCACAGAGACAGCUGUUCCUCUUGUGAAGGCAUUGGCUGAUAUUCACCUGGACUGAGACGGCGAGGGAAAUGAGAGAAAGCCAUUGUGAGCAUUGGCACACAAACUCCUUGCAGCGGGUUCAAACUGGAACAAAAAAGGUGAGCAGAGUGCGGUGAUGCGAUGAGGGAUGUGUGACAGGACGGAGAGCCGUGUCAUCACGGCCGAGCGGUCAGAGGGAUCCUCGUAGAAGCAAAAAGGUUGCAGGUUCAACCCCCGCUGCUGGAAACCUCAUUGCCCCCCGACUAAGACAUUCUCAUUCACAGUGAUGCACUACCGAGACAACUUGUACACAUAGUGUAGGGAGGGGUGUAUACGCGCCGAUCACUUUAAGAAUCUUUUUCUUUUCUUCUGUUUCUUCCCAUUCCCACAUGGUGGGCUUUCUCCUCUUCCAUGAACAGCCUGAAGCCAGUGAGGUGUGCACAUCAUGACUAAUUGGGACUAACAACAAGGUUGAAGUUAAUCUUGUUUAAUUCAGUCCACAGCUCCGUAGUCAGGAAGAGACUAAUCCAAAUUAAAGUUGGUUCAAGAGUGACAAUUUGUAUUGAUUGUCCCGUCUCAGAUCCAUUGUGGGGAGAUCACCUGGGUCCCUCACAUGCUGCUUUUGUAAUUUGUUUUUGCAGGGCAGCCCGCAUUAAAGAGUUUCUAAAAGAGAGAUGAUGCUCUCAAACUGUGGCGUGGAGAAAAGGACAGAGGGCAUGAGAGGACACAGUCGUUCGCUGACUUUCUUCACGUCAUUGUAUCGGACAUCAAAUCUUUGAAGUACAAUCUCGCCCUAAGGUUGCCUGUGGUGAAGGCUCCUACAGAUAUUGUCUUAAGUUUUGGCUUUAAUCUUGGGUGUGUUUUUUAAAUUUUUUUUAGAUGGCUACAAAAGUCAAAGGUUGUGUCACCGCAAUGUGUUGAAGUUUACACGCAGAAAGUUGGUUAUUUUCUGUGGCAAAGAAUGUUAUUACUUCUUUUGUACAAGGCUGUAGGUAAUAUGGGGGAAUGCAUCUGCCAAAGAGGCACUUACAAGCACUUACUAAAAUACAUUCAAAUUAGCCUUUAUAUAUAUUUAUAGUAUAAUGUCACUUAACCAAUGUAUGACGUUAUUGUUACAGCAGUGUGCAUAGACGUUCCAGUCCAAAUGUAAAUGGCGUCGCUUGUUGAUGCUCUAAAACUCUAGUUUAACAAAUUUCACGUAUAUUAUCCUUGAUCUUUUAGUUUAAUAAGCCAACUGUAAUGUAAGAGCUUCAAUAUUUCCUUUAUUUAUUUGCCAAAUGCAGUUUCAUAAUCCUUAAACAAUGUGAAAUGUGGCAUGUUACCUGCUACUACUUCCUGCUGUUUUCUAUUCUUUAACAUUCUUGCAAAUGAUGGAAUAUGGUCAAUUUUCGUUCUUCUUUUUUUAAUUUGCAAAAAGACCUCAAUCUCUCCAGACAAUAGUGUUAUUUUCACCUCAUCAAGGGGGAUUAAGGGAAUAGAGACUGCUGGGAUUACCGUUGAUGUUCUUUGGCGCGCUUACACACAGCGAGCCUGUCACACGUGCACAAAUGCUGCACACAAUGACCCUCUAAUUUUGGAAACACACACUCAUAUUCAUAUCCACACACAGACCUGGCUCACAUAAUGAGUUGCCUUAUCUCCCCAUCUGUGUUGGUGCUUUAUUCGGGUUCAUUUCGGCCAGCCAGCUUUUAUUUUGGGCCAAGCUUAUUAGUGGCAGUGUGGGGAUAGACGUGGUUGGAUGGUGUUUGAGUCACCUGGGAAAUCAUGGAUGAGAUAAAGCUACCUGCUUACUCCCUUCAGGAGGAAAACCCUACGAUGCUGCUGGCUGGAUGAAGGACUUGGACACAGAAAGAGAGAGAGAGAGAAACAUUGCAACAAUCUGGAUAUAAGAAGAACAUUUACAAUGUUGUGAUGUGUCGUUCAAUGCGACACCGUUAAAACUUGUGGUCCUUUAUCCAGCAAUAUUUGUAAGUUUAAAUUCAUUCUAAAAUACGCACGCGUGCAGCAGAACGAACACGCUCAAACAUAUUUAAAGGUGGGUAAUUGUCUUUAAUAGGAGCAUCUGUCUCUCUUCAUUCCUGAUCUCGGGUCGUGUGAUUAGCCGCCAUUGUAAGGAAACGGUCUCUCUCAUUGGUUGUUCAAUGUCUCCAUGAUUCUGUUUUUGAAUCGCUUUUGUCUUUUUUUUAAUGAGAGAUAUUUUGGAUUCUGCUUCUAAUCCCACGUCAGAUCAGAAAGCAUCACAGGCAACAAAGACGGUAUUUAAAUGUCGCAAAUCCCUUCGGUAAUGCCCCUCUUAAAGAGUAUUGAUCGAGUUUUGCAUGCACUAAUCUGCAGGUUUUGUCAAGUUAGACAAAGAAAAUGAAAAGACAUCCGAGGAAAAAAAAAAAGCUUCCUCAGAGGCAGCGAGAGCUUUCUGGAUGUUGAGCAUGAAAAUGACGUGAACAUAACGCUAUGCGCUAUGGGCCAACCCAGUUUAACGCCACACAUUUCAACUCACCUUUGACCUGCUGGUGCUCAAUACUUCCUGUCCUUGAUUUAGACAAAUAAAAACUCCUAAAAAGCCUUUUUACGUGGGGAAAACAAGGAACAUUUCUCUCUUGGCUAAAUAUCUAAUGUUGUAUUGGUCACACAAACUAAACAAUACGAACUCGGAGCCCUUUAGCCAAACCACCGACGCCCAUUACCUACAGUUUAAUACUGAUGCUUUCAUUUUCAGUGGUGCCUGGUAAUACUGUCCAGUUACCAGAACUCAGUAGACCCGUUGCCAGCGAAUCACAGUGGAGAAUUCUCAGUGGUCGUGAUACAAAACAAUCUCUGAAAGAAUGGAUCACUGCUUCUCCUCCUCACAGAAAGUUCUUAAUCACUUUAAAAAUCUUUUUGAACGUGUAAGAUUAUUGCUCUGUUGCCCUCAGAGUCAACACUGGCUGCUUCUUUAAUUUGUCCAGCUACCUCCAGUCUGUCUGGUCUGCAGCUAAUGAGCAGAGGGGCUUGUUGAUGUGGUGUGUAUGGCGGGGAGAUAAAUGAGCGUGUUGUGUCCUGGCUUAUGCAGAUCCUUAAUUAGCCUUCAGUGUUUGAUGGUGCCGUCGUUCUGUUUGCGUCCGUGUGUUUACCCGUCCUCCAGUUUUGCGGAAAACAUUGAAAACAUUCAAAUAGUGUGUACACAUUGGCAAAAUUUCACUUUCCAUCAGGGAGGACGUUUUGUCGCUAUGGUUACCCGCGCUUUAAUAUUAAGUUCCAACAGUCGACGGGGAAAUAUGCAUUGUGUCCUUUCCCGUCUCCCCAGCUUCACUCGACAAUCACAAAGACGGAAUAUUUAAGACCGUGAAACCCUCAACCCAUAAUGCUGGAUAAUCUUCGCGGACUCUCCGUGAACACACACAAUACCAGAGCUAGGGAAGCUAAACCUGACUCGUUAUAGAGUUUAAAAUCAUGGUGGGAAAACGCUUCUUUCAUCUCUGCUGGUGCCACGCAGUGGAAUAAACUGCCUCUCGCAAUUACAGAGGUGCAGAACCCACAAGCCUUUAAAGGGAAAAAGGGAAAUUAGAGGCUGCUAAAUAUCAUCUCCAAAGAAGCACAUGGGCAUGUUUAUACAUCGAAAUCAAGAGGAAGACAAAUACGUUAUGGCAUGUUUGUCUGUAACUGGAUUAUGACGCUGUAUGUGGUUGCGUGUCUCCCGCUUUUGGAUGAUGCACAGCUGCCUCCAUCUUGGAUGAAACCGAUGGAACAACACAGACCACGAUGGAAAUAAGUCCUGGACUUUGUUCCCGACAACGUCUCGCACGCUUUUACAGCUGCCUUUUUGAAUUCUGUCUCAUGCACUAAAACUGAAAACCGCCUCUGACAUGGCUGAGCAAAGCUGGCUCUGUGUCUCGAGUCUAAUGUUCUCGCCUCUCCUCAUUCAGGAGCCCCGACCGGCCCCCAUUUAACGGAAGACAACUCUCACUGGCAGCUUCAUGCUCACUACUACCCUCCUCUGCUGCGUUCAGCCACAGUGAAGAAGUUCAUGGUGGGGUAUGAGAUG